AUAGUCUUGCAACUUUUGUAGAGUUAUUGUAGCCUAAAAGUUAAGCAUCGGAGAGCGCGCGCGUCUGAAGGCUCUCUCUCUCAGGUUUCCAUGUGGAAUAUAGCUAUAGUUAUUUCCCCCCGGAAUGAUUUCCGCUAAUUAUAAAAGCAAAACGUCUUCCGAUGAAGAAGAUGAUGAUCAGGGUUCACGGUCAUCUCCGCCGGAGCGUUCAGUCCGGACGCAAAGUCUCCCGUUCAGCGUCGAAGCCCUCAUUUCGAAGAAAGGACGGAGUGGAUCAUCUUCACGAGAACCGAUUCCGAUGGCAUGCUUAAUAAACCCGGACGAUCGAUCACUGAUCUAUUCAGAGUCGGUGGAUUUCCCCAAACGCUGUGAAUCUGUCAGAGAGGACUCUUCCUGGAUCAAUAAACCCAGAUCCUCACCACGAGCACAGAGUCCCGCGACAUGCACUCUCCGAAAGCACAAGACGAACCGUAAACCCCGAACCCCUUUCACCACCGCUCAGCUCUUGGCCCUGGAGAGGAAGUUUCGUCAGAAGCAAUACCUGUCUAUCGCAGAACGUGCCGAAUUCUCCACCUCUCUCAGCCUGACCGAGACCCAGGUGAAGAUCUGGUUCCAGAACCGAAGAGCGAAGGCCAAGCGGCUGCAGGAGGCAGAGCUGGAGAGGCUCAAAAUGACCAGCAAACCCCUCUUACACCCCGGCCUCAGUCUGCCGUUUCCACUCUGUACGCAGACCCAGACAGCAGCUCUCUUGUGCGGACAGUCCUUCCCCUUCAGCAGACACAUGAUGCCCUUUGCACCUGUAGGAAUAUACUCCACACCGGUGGGUUACAGCGUGUGUCCUCUCUCCAAAGACGGCUUCUCUGUGGAGCCAAUCUAGAGGAUCCAACUCAUGCAAACACUCCUGCUUCAUCUGCUGGACAUAUUGACAUUUAUUAUGUUUUUGAUAGGGAGUUGUACAAUUUGAUAUAUGCUUAGGAUUACUUACAUUUUAGUUUUUCAUCUUCAUUUUUGAAUGCAGCAUUACACGCUCAAAAAUCAAUGAUUUUUGCAACUUUUGAUAAAGUGACUCGAACGAUAAGAAGCCAUCUAAAUGACACAAAAUGAGGAAACCAAAGAUGCAUAACGUUAAACACAUCACAUGAAUUAACUUAGCUGCUAUUCGCAAACGCUCAAUUUAAUAAUAAUUAAUUAAUUAUAUACCUUGUUAGUAGCUUGCACCUGCAAUUGUUGAUCAGUACACUAAGAAAAAUAUCUAGAAAAGGGUACUAGUAAUUUCCAUUAUGCAUUGUAACCCUGUAACGCAAAAACACAAAAUACAAUGAAUAAUAAAAAAUGCAGGUAAAAAAAAAUAAUUCAUUCACACAGUAGAUUGUGCCCUAUUUUUACAGAUAUUUUCUUAGAGUGUAGCAUACUAACUAAUUGCUAAUACACUGGUUAAAACUAUAAUUGUUCAGAAUGUGUAAAAAAAAAAAACUUAAAUUGUAGGCCCUAAUUGUUAAUAAAUGUGUAAGUGUUCAUCAAUUCAAUGCUGUAUUUAAAAAUAGUUAUAUAUAUUUUAAUAUUAUAUUAUGUUAUAUUAUUUUACGAACCAAUCUAAAUCAACAUAUAUAAAAUAUUUGUUUUGUUCCCCUGAAAAUUAGUUGUCAACACAUGGAAAAAUUCAAUGGAUGUUAAAAG